AUGAAUCGAUACAUACUCGCAAUUUUUCUGUCCGUGGUAGUGACCGAUGGAGCUGUUGGAGGCGGCACUUGCCUCUCGACCGUAUCUUGGAGUAAUACCCGAGUUGACCUGUUUGCAGUCAAUCCCGAUGCAUCAAUUGGGCAUAAAUUUUGGACUGGUUGGGACUGGCAGCCAUCGAAUGGAUUAGAACGUCUUCCAUCAAAGGCCGCCGGGUGUCCAUCAGUCACGUCCUGGGGCGAAGGCCGCCUUGACGUUCUAUACAUUAACGAGUCUGGGAACAAUGUGCUACACAAGUAUUUUGGGGGUGGGAGCUGGGGUCCCUCAUGGGAAGGGGCUGUCGACCUGGGUGGCGAGGUAGAGGCCAUUUCAUCCUUGUCUUGGGGCGAAGACAGACUCGACAUUGUUGGAAGGUCCGACACCGGGUCAUAUGUUCAUAAGGCGUGGACCGGUCAAGGAUGGUACCCGUCGGGAUCUAAGUGGGAGGACUUUGGUGGCUAUUUCUUCAGCAACCCGGCCACUGUCUCAUGGGGUUCCGGCCACUUGGCUAUCAUCGGUAUUGAUGCUGACAGCGGCACUCUCAAGCUUAAAUUCUACCACCGCGGGUGGUCUGAGUGGGAAGAUCUGGGUGGUGGUCCGUUUGUCGGAAACCCGGUGGCUACGUCUUGGGGCAAAGGAAGACUUGACUUUUGGGCCAUCGAUUCGGAUGGAGCACUGAACCAUAUUUACUGGAAUGGAAAAAUGUACUCGGAGUGGGAACACCUUGGCGGUGAGUAUACUGACACGCCCAAAGUGGUGCACUGGAAAGAAUCACACAUCGAUAUUGUUGGGAAAGGAUUGAGCGAUGAUAAGUUCCACGUGAAGAACUUUGAUGGUUCACGGUGGAAUCCAUCCAAAGAUGGGUGGUAUGACCUGGCUGGCCCCUUCAGCUCAGAACCGGCUUUGGAAACCAAACAUGGUUCAAGUUUCUUAUAUGUACUCGGAGUCAAUGAAGAUGAUGAAAUCAGACUGCAAAUCUGGUCUGGCAGCGAUUGGCAACCUGGAUCAGAGGAGACGUGGUCGUUGGGAAGGUUGAACAAGCCCAGCUCCGAAGAUGACUUCCAUGAGCAUGACCACCAGUUUAUUCUUGGAGCGCUGGAGCUUUGA